GGCCUGAUGGGCCGGCCCUCGCGUCACCGCCGACCCAGCCCGCGUCAAACGAUCGUUCUCCCACCCUUGAGAAUCUGACCUAGAUCAGCAAGACUGUAUAAAAACUCGCAAUGCCUUCCUUCUCCAGCCUCCUCAGCUUUGUGGUACUCGCCACAUUUGUAUCAGCGGCGCCUUCGCAGACCGAUACCGCCAAGCGCGCCACCUGCACGGUCAACAGCGUCGCCAGCGCGUCUGGUCUCUCGAGCUGCACGAACGUUGUGAUCGAGGCGUUUACUGUUCCCGCCGGCCAGACGGUCACGAUUGCAGCGGCAAGCGGUGCCACUGUCACGAUGACUGGCGACAUCACAUUUGCGAAGACCACUGUGAGUGGCCCGCUGAUCACGUUCAACACCCCGAACAUCAACUUCAACGGUGGAAGCCACCGCAUCGACGGCAACGGCGCUCUUUACUGGGAUGGCCAAGGCACCAACGGAGGGUCGUUCAAACCUCAUCCUUUCGUCAAAUUCCAAGGAUACGGCACAUUCUCCUCGGUGACGGUUCUAAACUCGCCAGCCCAGGCCAUCUCGGUUGGCACCACGGCUACGUCGACCAUUGAGCAGGUCACAGUUGACAACUCUGCCGGCGAUUCCCUCGGCCACAACACCGACGGGUUUGACAUCAGCGCAUCAGGUGUGACGAUCACCAACAGCAAGGUGAUGAACCAGGACGACUGCGUCGCCGUCAACUCGGGCGACAGCGUGACGAUCGAGAAUACGACCUGCACUGGCGGUCACGGAAUCUCGAUCGGAUCAAUUGCAACGGGCAAGUCGGUGACGAACUUCCGCGCGACGGGUAACACGGUCAGCAACAGCAAGUACGGUCUGCGCAUCAAGGUCGACGCGAACGCGUCUGGUGCGAAGGUGUCUGGUGCGACUUACUCUGGCAACACGAUUUCUGGAAUCAGCGACUACGGAAUCCUCAUUUCGCAGAGCUACCCAACCGAGGACGGCUCGACCGUCGGUACCGGCGCUCCCAUUUCGGGUGUCGCAUUCACCGGUGCAAAGACUACUCUCGCUGUUGACUCUAGCGCGUUCUCCGUUGUGGUGAACUGUGGCGCCUGCACCGGUACCUGGGACUGGUCCGAACUCGACGUCACUUCCGCCGGCCAAGGCCACAAGCUGUCCGUCGACCAGGCUAAGAUCUCAGGAGGUACCUACUAGCUAGAUUAGUCUAUGGCUCAUAUUACUGCAUAUCCAAGCUACAAUGAAUAAUCAAA